AUGGGGCUGCCGUGCUCUGGGCACACCUUGGCCAGGCCCAGCCCAGCCCUGAGCAGCCCCUGUCCCUGCAGGGUGCUCAACUACUGCCGCGUGUUCACCGAGCUGUGCGAGACCUUCCUGGACAAGAUCGUGUGCACGCCGGGCCAGGGCCUGGGCGACCUGCGCACGCUGGAGCUGCUGCUCAUCUGCGCCGGGCACCCGCAGUACGAGGUGGUGGAAAUUUCCUUUAACUUCUGGUACAGACUGGGGGAGCACCUGUACAAGACAGAUGACGCUGUGAUCCACAGCAUCUUCAAAGCCUACAUCCAGCGCCUGCUGCACGCGCUGGCACGGCACUGCCAGCUGGACUCUGACCAUGAGGGAGUCCCCGAGGAGACCGACGACUUCGGCGAGUUCCGCAUGCGCGUCUCGGACCUGGUGAAGGACCUCAUCUUCCUGGUGGGCUCCGUGGAGUGCUUUGCUCAGCUCUACGCCACGCUCAAGGACGGGAACCCGCCCUGGGAGGUGACAGAGGCCGUGCUCUUCAUCAUGGCCUCCAUCGCCAAGAGCGUCGACCAGGAGAACAACCCGACGCUGGUGGAGGUGCUGGAGGGCGUGGUGCGGCUGCCCGAGUCGGUGCACACGGCCGUGCGCUACACCAGCAUCGAGCUGGUGGGCGAGAUGAGCGAGGUGGUGGACAGGAACCCGCAGUUCCUGGACCCCGUGCUGGGCUACCUGAUGAAGGGGCUGUGUGACCGGCGGCUGGCGUCGGCCGCGGCCAAGGCCAUCCACAACAUCUGCUCCGUGUGCCGCGACCACAUGGCGCAGCACUUCUCGGGGCUGCUGGAGAUCGCCCGCGCCCUCGACUCCUUCGCCCUGUCCCCCGAGGCGGCCGUGGGGCUGCUCAAGGGGACAGCGCUGGUGCUGGCCCGGCUGCCCCUGGACAAGAUCUCGGAGUGCCUGAGCGAGCUCUGCGCCGUGCAGGUGCUGGCGCUCAAGAAGCUGCUGUCCCAGGAGCCGAGCAAUGGCCUCUCCUCAGACCCCACAGUGCCCCUGGAUCGACUCGCCGUCAUCUUCAGACACACCAACCCCAUUGUCGAGAACGGCCAGGUCCACCCGUGCCAAAAAGUCAUUCAGGAGAUCUGGCCGGUGCUGUCGGAGACCCUGAACAAGCACAGUGCCGACAACCGCAUCGUGGAGCGCUGCUGCCGCUGCCUGCGCUUCGCCGUGCGCUGCGUGGGCAAGGGCUCGGCCGCGCUGCUGCAGCCCCUGGUCACGCAGAUGGUGAAUGUGUACCGGGAACACCAGCACUCCUGCUUCCUCUACCUGGGCAGCAUCCUGGUGGACGAGUACGGCAUGGAGGAGGGCUGCAGGCAGGGCCUGCUGGACAUGCUGCAGGCUCUCUGCAUCCCCACCUUCCAGCUCCUGGAGCAGCCCAACGGCCUGCAGAACCACCCGGACACCGUGGACGACCUGUUCCGCCUGGCAGCCAGGUUCAUCCAGCGCAGCCCGGUGACGCUGCUGCGCAGCCAGGUGAUGAUCCCCAUCCUGCAGUGGGCCACCGCCGCCACCACGCUGGACCACCGCGACGCCAACUGCAGCGUCAUGAAGUUCCUGCGCGACCUCGUGCACACCGGGCUGGCCAACGACCACGAGGAGGACUUUGAGGUGCGGAAGGAGCUCAUCAACCAGGUGAUGGCGCAGCUGGGGCAGCAGCUGGUGAACCAGCUCCUGCAGACCUGCUGCUUCUGCCUCCCGCCCUACACCCUGCCCGACGUCGCCGAGGUGCUCUGGGAGAUCAUGCAGAUCGACCGCCCGACGUUCUGCCGCUGGCUGGAGAGCUCCCUGAAGGGGCUGCCAAAGGAAACCACGGGCGGAGCCAUCCAGGUGACACACAAACAGCUCACCGACUUCCACAAGCAGGUCACCAGUGCUGAGGAAUGUAAACAAGUCUGCUGGGCUCUGAGGGACUUCACCCGCCUGUUCCGAUAGCUCCGGCUCCUCGCGGCUCCUGUCUCCCAGGAAUGUCUUUAAGGAGAAGACAGGAAACAGCAACCCAAGAAUGUGUCCCACAAUCAGCCGAGGGCUCUGCCCGCUCCAGCGCGUCCCGGAGCCCGGGAGGAGGGCGUGGUGACCCCGCCCUGCCCGGUGGUCACUCGGGGCUCGGCCACGCCUCGAGCACCGCCCGACCCCGACUGCAGAGCCACAGGAGCCACACGGGUCCAUCGGAUUCGCCCGGCAGCAAAAGAAAGAGACAAAACUCUCUGUGACAUGGAGACAAAAAAAAAAAAAAAAAAAAGAAGGAAAAGAAACAAACAAAAAGCAAACAGUACAAAUUGUUUAGGAAGAUGGGGGGUCAGUGUGGGGGUCGUGGGGCGCUGCCCCCCUGAGCCCACCGUGGCCUGCCUGCUGCCGACUCCCCGAGACGACACGGGCCAGACGGACUCUGCAAAUAGAGAUUUAUAUUUUA